CUACAGGGUUCUGGUGAACACAACUAAAGCUGUUUUGCAGGGUCGUCACGAGAGUGUCGACAAUAUGUCACUUUUUAGUUUGAUUGCAUGUUGCUUUGGCUAUGUUUUUCUGUGCUUGCUUGUUUUUCUUUUAAUUGCAUUUCUUUGUUAUUGUCUGUACAUCAAAUAUAUUCAUCUGAAAUAUGAUCACAUACCGGGACCACCAAGGGACAGUUUUUUCCUCGGACAGUCUCCAACAAUUGUAAGGGAGAUGAGCAACGGUCGACUUGUCCAUGACAAGUUCCUGGAAUGGUCUGAAACAUAUGGACCGGUGUACCGUCUCAACGGACUUCAUUUUGUGAUGCUGUGUGUCACCUGUCCCGAUACCACCAAGGAGGUACUGAUGUCGCCCAAGUACACAAAAGACAAAAUGGUCUACAAGCGUCUCUUCAGCCUGUUUGGACAGAGGUUUCUGGGAAAUGGCCUGAUCACUGCACAUGAUCAUGACCUGUGGUACAAGCAGCGGAGGAUCAUGGACCCUGCCUUCAGUAGUCUAUACCUGCAGAGUCUGAUUGGUACGUUCAAUGAGAGGGCAGACAUGCUGAUGGAUAAACUGGGGGAAAUGUCUGACACCAACACAGCUACUAGCAUGCAUCACCUGUUCAACUGUGUGACCCUGGAUGUCAUCACCAAGGUGGCGUUCGGAGUGGAUUUGGAUCUGCUGAAUGACAGUGACACUCCGUUCCCCAAAGCCAUAGAAAAGUGUCUAAAAGGGAUGAUCCACUAUGUCAGAGACACCACAUUCCAGCUCAACCCAAAGAACUGGAAGUUCAUCAGCGAGGUAAAGGAUGCUGCUAAACUGCUGCGUACUACAGGCAGACAGUGGAUCAACAAGAGGAAAAUGGCCUUCCAAAACGGGGAAGACGUUCCAAAAGACAUACUCACACAGAUCCUCAAGACGGCUAGCAAUGAGGAAAAGAUGGGAAAGGAUGAUGAGGAGCUUAUGCUGGACAACUUUGUGACAUUUUUCGUUGCCGGACAAGAGACAACAGCCAAUCAGCUAGCUUUUGCUCUCAUGGAACUUGGAAGGCUGCCAGAGAUAUUGGCAAAGGUGAAGCAGGAAGUAGAUGAUGUCAUUGGAAUGAAACAGGAAAUCAGCUUUGCUGAUCUGGGGAAGAUGACAUAUCUGUCUCAGGUGUUGAAGGAGACCCUGAGGUUGUACCCCACCGCUCCUGGGACGUCGCGAUACGUCAACAAUGACAUGACCAUAAAUGGCAUCCACGUCCCUGCUGGAUUCUCAUGCGUAUUUAAUUCAUAUGUCUGUGGACGGAUGGACAAGUUCUUUGAAGACCCGUUGAAGUUUGACCCUGAGAGAUUCCAUCCAGACGCCGCCAAGCCCUAUUACUGCUACUACCCCUUUGCUCUGGGUCCACGUUCAUGUCUGGGACAGAAUUUUGCCCAGAUGGAGGCGAAGUUAGUAAUGGCCAAGCUGUUGCAGAGGUUUGACUUCAGCCUGCUGCCUGGCCAGUCCUUUGACAUCCUGGACACUGGCACUCUGAGACCAAAGAGCGGAGUGAUGUGUAACAUCAGACAUCGAGGACCGACAUCCACUGGCUAAUUGACACCUAGAAAUGACUAACACAAUUACUACUACUACCACUACUAACAUAAUACUAACAGUAAUACUAUUACUACUAAUACUACAGUACUACUAAAGGAUGGUAGAUGAUGGUGUAGUUAGCCCUGAUUUUUAAACACAUGAAGAUUUAUGUUACUAUUACUAUUGACUAAUAAUACUAUUACCACCACUACUACUACCACUACUGCUACUAUGACUAAUUGCUACAACCACUAUUACCAAAAUUACUACUACUAAUAAUAACAAUAGAGAAUGAUAGAUAAUUGAGGUGGAUGUAGCUAACGCAGGCCUUUUAAACACAGAUUACUGUUAGUAUUCAUAUUGCAACUACUACUAAUAAUAAUACUGCUACUACUACUACUGCUUUUACUAAUAAUAAUAAUACUGCUACUAUUACUACUACCAAUAAUUAUAAUAAUACUGCUGCUACUACUACUACUACUAAUAAUAAGAAUUAUGGUAAUACUGGUAGAUAAUGGGUGUGGAAGUAACUAGCCCUUAUGCAGAAAAUGGCUUCUGAAGCACUUAUGUAUAUUCAAAUAAUAUGGAUUUUAAACAAUAUUGCUUAUUUUUGGUAUCAGUGAGGAAAUCAUUUUUUUAAUGUUUUUUUGUUGAUGAAGAACAGACUAGAUGUCUAGGAAUAUUUAUUUUCCUUGUUGUUUAAAGAUGCAGUCCAGCACUUAUGUUUUAUAUCUACCAGUUUGGACUAUAAGUGCAUAUUUCUAACAAGUUGAAAUCUAACAUGGUGGACAUUUUGAGGCUACGUUUGCGUGAGCAAUGUCAGAAUUAGAAUGAUGCUGAAAACUUGACCAGGAUUUGAACUUUAACUAACUUACAUGGUGGAAAGUGAUUUCAAGGACCCACAUUAUGUCAAAUAUAAUAACAUAUAGUCAAUGUUCAUGUGAAAAUAAUUUUGAUGAGUGUGAUUUUACCUGGGACUACAAAAUAUUCAAGGAUGAUAUUUUUAUAUUGUAUUACUUAAUGCUUUACAUUUCACAUAAGUAACACCUUGGGACAUGGGAAAAUCACCUAGAAUCACUGAAUAAACGUGUUAAUAAAAUUCCCAACAUCAAUAUAUAUUUUAGUGUAGUUAAGAACACCUGCCCUAAUAAAUUACAAAUGUUUAGAUUUUCACUAUUUUACACUAACAUACAACCUAUACUUUCACUAUUUUACCAUCUCAUUGACCGAAUUGCAAGUGAAAGAAUGCUCUCUUGUAUCAUGGGUUACAUUAUAAAAACUGUAAUGUAGAUGUAGUGAUUGUAUGAGUUAGUGAACUGUUGUAACCAAUGUAGAUGUAUUGAUUGUAUAAGUUAGUGAACUGUUAUAAGCUGUUGUAACCAAUGAAACAAAAUAUUAAACGUUUGUAGUAUGUGCUGAAACUGAAGAAGCAAUUAGGAGAAUAGGAAACCCUGUUCAAGCGGUUUAGUAUGUCUGCCUUUUGAGAAACAGGACACAGGUUAGAGACACA